AUGAAGGAAAUAAAUUUAGUAAAAAGUAAAAACAAUAAUAAAGAAAAGCAAGUUCAAAAAAACAAUAUUGUUGAAAUAGCAAAUAAUGUUUGCUUAAAUACUCUUAGGAAUCUUAUACCUUAUAAUAAAAUUUAUAAUUUCAAGAAUAAUGAUGUAUAUGAUAUUCAAUUAUUUGAUAUAAAAAACAUUAAAAAAGAUGAUAUAUAUACUUGCUUUCGGCUUGUAAAAAAUAAUUUGGAAGAAAUGUAUAAAAAAUCAUCUAUGGGAUGGUCAUCUAGACGAAAAAUUAAAGAAAUGAGAGAGGAAUAUAUUAAAUAUAUAAUUGUUCGAAAAGAUGGUCAACAUGAUAUUGUUGGGUUUUUAAGUUAUCAAAUAGUAAUUGAAGGGGACGAGUGUGUUAUUUACUGUUAUGAAGUACAAGUUAUGCAGAAAUAUCAUCGAUCUGGUAUAGGAUAUCAUCUUAUGAAUAUUAUGGAAAGUUUGGGUUUAAAAUUGGGGCUUCAAAAAGCUAUGUUAACUGUAUUUAAUUCUAAUGAACGUGCAUUAUUUAAUAUAUCAUUAGAUACCUUGAAGAUGAAAUUUCACCAUCUUUAA